AUGCUCUCACGUGUUGCUGCUGUGAAGGCACCCCGCACACACAACCGUCGCCGCGUGAUCGGAUCCGGCGGAAGGAGGAGGAAAGGAAGAGAGAGUGAGCCGCCGAGGCCCAACAUGUCCCGGCAUGUGUUUAAUUCCGCGGCGCUGCUUCUCCUUUUCGUUAUGAUGAUUUGCUGCGACAGUGGAAGUGCUCAGACGGAGGUGCAGCAGUCGUCUGAUCCAAAGUCAUGUCGGGUUUCUUCGCCGGAGGAAUUCUUUGUUUGGAGAGACAAGAAAAACGAUGAAGCAGUGAGUUCACUCCGUGUUCCCAGUCUUGUUGAGGUGAAUGGUGGUUUGUUUGCCGUUGCGGAGGCGCAGUGCACGAGAAACAAUAAUUGUGUUUUUACUGGGAUUGCCUCGGAGUUGUUGACUUUGACUGAUGAAAAGCCAAAAGAGUUGGAUACAAGUAACUUGAAGACACAAGUACUGGGGAACUGUUCUUCCGGAGAAGCUCAAUGCCCCUUCCAAACAGCAGUUCUGGCUGGCACUCAAAGAGUGAAGAAGGUACAUGUGAGCCGACCAACAACAGUUGUGAAUGGGAGUGACAUUUACAUGCUUGCUGGAAACUACAGUUGGACAUAUGAGGCUAAGAAGGAUUCUGUGUUUCAAUGGGGACUAUCGCUGGUAAAAGGUAACAUCAACAAUAAUGAAGAGGGCAGUGGCAAUAGAAUACAAUGGAAAGAUACUUACGAUCUCCCAUGGAUUUCUAGCAGCAGAGAGAGGAAAUUCUUGACAGGGCUGAUAGGCGGCGGCGGAUCGGGUAUUAAGAUAAAAGGCGAUACUUUCUUGUUUCCAGUGGAAGGCACAAAAGAGGAUGGGAAAGCCGUUUCGCUGAUUAUGUACUCCUCGGACACUGCGGGUUGGACGGUAUCGAGGGAGAUGUCUGACGAUGGCUGCAGUGAUCCCUCCGUCGUGGAGUGGAAGGACAAACUCAUGAUGAUGACUGCGUGUGAUGAUGGCCGCCGCAGGGUAUACGAGUUCGCUCUAACGGAGUCGUGGACGGAGGCACUCGGGACACUCUCGCGCGUAUGGAGCAGCAAACACACGGGACAUGAGAAGGGCGUUGGAAGCGGGUUUACCACAGCGAGGAUUGAGGAAAAGGACGUGAUGCUCGUUACUCUGCCGGUGUAUCCUGAGAAUAAAGGAAAAAACGAAAAGGGUGUACUUCAUCUUUGGCUGACGGACAAUACGCACAUUGUUGAUAUUGGGCCGGUAUCCGGGAACGAUGACGACGUUGCCGCCAGCUCCCUGUUGUACAAAAGUGGUGGAAAUAAUAAUAAUGAGAAGUUGAUUGCACUGUACGAGAAGAAGAAGGGCGAAUCAUCAUCCGGUAUGGUCUCUGUGCUUCUGACUGCGCAGCUGAAGCGGGUGAAGGAGGUGCUGGCGACGUGGAAGAAAGUGGACAAACGUGUCUCUCAGCUGUGCCCUACUUCAAUUGCUGAGAAGGAUCGCUCGACUGGCACUGCCUGCGAUGCUGGUAAAAUCACGGAUGGGCUGGUUGGCUUUUUGUCCGGCAACUUCUCUGAGAGCACGUGGAGGGACGAGUACCUCGGGGUGGACGCCACAGUAACGAGCGAUAUUGGGACGGGAAAUGGCGUGACGUUUACAGGGUAUGCCGAUGGUGCGACGUUCCGGGGAGCGUGGGCGGAGUGGCCCGUUGGCAAGCAAGGGGAGAAUCAGCUGUACCACUUUGCGAAUUACAACUUCACUCUUUUGGCGACGGUGUCGAUCCACGGUGAGCCGAAGGGAGUUACCCCUAUUCCUUUGAUGGGUGUGAAGAAGAUGAAUGGUGGUAAGAGUGCUGUACUUCUGGGACUUUCGUACAACAAGGAAGGGAAGUGGGAAUUGCUGCAGAGUGGCGGAUCGCGCAAUGCUCUCAGCAGUGAUUGGGAGCCAGAUACAACAUACCAGGUGGCCAUUGUGCUACAGAACAGCACCCAGGGCUCCGCGUACGUUGAUGGUCAGCGUGUGGGGAAUGCGACGUGUGAACUGGAAAAUGCUGAUCCCAAAGGGAUAUCACACUUCUAUAUUGGAGGCGAUGGAGGCAGCGCAGAAAACACAGAAAGCCGAGAAGUCGUGCCUGUGACUGUGACGAACGUCCUGUUGUACAACCGCCCGUUGGAUGACACUGAAAUUAAUGCACUUAAUGCAAAUAAAGUUCUUAUUUCAAAGCUGGAAGAGCGAAGCACGGCGGCGGAGGAAACUCUUUCAAAAGCGGUAAGUAAACCAUUUGCGCAGGGAGUCGUCUCCAAGUCUUCUGGCGAACCACAGCAGACGGGAAAGGAAUCGCUGAUGGGGAGCAGUGGUGGGAAUGGGGAGACGGCGGGAGGAACAUAUGGGCAGGAAGAAUUCCAGCCAUGGGUCAGGGAACCAAAUGCUACGGCACCCAGCAGCAAACUUGAAAAUUUGCCGCAGGGAGAUAACAGUGAUGCUGGCACCAUGCGUGAGAUCAGGAUACUGCUGUUGCUUCUUCUUGUGUUAGGAUUGUGGGGGUUUGCGGUUCUGUGA